UUAGGCACCAUUAAUUAAUCCAAGUCUUUGCUAGGGUUUAGCAGCUUUCCUUGAGACAAAUCUUAGUUGGUCGGAGAAACAGGAAAUAUUAGGCAUGGCUAGCACUAAAGUUCAACGGAUUAUGACCCAGCCCAUUAACCUGAUUUUCAGGUUUCUUCAGAGUAAAGCUCGGAUUCAGAUAUGGCUUUUCGAGCAGAAGGAUCAGAGAAUUGAAGGACGUAUCAUUGGUUUUGAUGAGUACAUGAAUUUAGUUCUGGAUGAUGCUGAGGAAGUUAAUGUGAAGAAGAAAACGAGAAAGCAGUUGGGUCGGAUACUUCUGAAAGGCGAUAAUAUUACUCUGAUGAUGAACACGGGGAAAUAAUUUCUUGUCAGUUGGAGUACUGAAGUUGGUGGCAUCUUCUAUGUAUCUGCGAGUUGCAAAUUGAAACCAUGAGACUCAUGAAUGACUUCCAUUUAGAUUGGGUAUUUUGCUGUAGGUAAUAUUUGUCAUGGUUUUAUUGAAUCAAAUGCUUUAAUUGUUGUAUGAAUGUCUGUUCGUGACAUGAUCUGCGCUCCAUUCCAUUUCUUUGCUGCUAGAUGGCUUGACUAUUAGCACUGAAGGGAGAAGUGUAUAUUUUUCCAAGUUUCUGUUGGUUGAGUAUCAAUCAACCACAUCUUUUGUCGUUUGAACUCUGCUUACAGGAUAUGUUUUUAUUGGAGCCAUUGUCCGUAGAA